ACAAAUGAGGAAACGGCAAAGAGGGAAGAAAAAAGGAAAGGAAGAAAGGAAGUAACAAAUAAGCAUCAAAUAACACGAAAAAAGAAGGAAUGUAGGAAGGAAAAAGGAAAAGAACAAACGGAAAGAACUAAGCCUUUGGUUACCUGUGGUGUACGCCUAACUUCACUGGGUACUCUAGAGAGAAUAAGAGAAAAAUAUCAAAUGCCUUUAGCGCGGGGAAUCUUACCCACGUCUUCGGUAUUCCAGUCCGAUGUGUUGACCACUACACCACAUGAUAACAAGGACCAAACACGCUGGUAACGCAGCCAGAACAUGAAAUGUAGGGUACUAGUGAGGAUCCCAGAGCGAUAUUUUUUCUUUAUAGAAAAAAUGGUAAACCAUCGAGUUGAUUUUUCAUGGCUUGGCUGACGUCACUUCCGUCCGUGUACACAAGAAUCCCGAUUGGCUGGUUAGAUUAUCUUUUUAUUUUGGCGGGAAUGUCGACGCGUUGCAACAUCAGGGUACACAUAAAGGUAAAUCCGUACAAAUAUAUGCGUUUUGUAAAAAAAAUUUUUACACCUAUUAUUACGAAAUACCGAAAGAUAACAACACAAUUUUGUAUUCAAGCUUAUACUUAUAUUUAUAUUUACUCUAUUUACGAUGGAACCCCUUUCCGAAAUCGAUAUGUCGAAAGAAAGCUCAGGGGAGAAUGAAGCCAAAAGAAAGGCCAGAAGUAAAAAAGUUUUUUCGGAAGAGGAAAAGCUCUGGAGGCGUGAAAAAGAAAGGCAAAGACGAAGGAAUCUCACCGAAGAAAAGCGGCAAGCAGAGAGAGAGAGAAAACGCAAAUCCAGGCUGGACUAUGAACAAGGAGAACAUGAUCGUGAAAGAAAAAGGAAUAUGAGGCAAAGCUUGACGGAUGAAGAAAGAGAAAAUGAACGUGAAAGACAAAGGAAAUUGAGGGAAAACUUCACGGAUGAACAAAGAGAAAAUGAACGUGAAAAACAAAGGAAUAUGAGGCAAAACUUGACGGGACAUAGCGAAAAUGAACGUAAAAGGCAAAGGAAAUUGAGGCAAAACUUCACGGAAAGAGAAAAUAAAUGUGAAAGACAAAGGAAUUUGAGGCAAAAUUUCAGCUUAACACAGAAAGAAAAGGAGAAGUUAAGAAAGAGACGUGCAAGACAAAAUUCUAGGAAGGAAUACCUCGAAAUGGAUAUCAUUACGCAUAUUAUAGUACACUCAACAAAAUUACUCGACUCUGAUUGAUGAGAGGAGUACAAUUAUAGCGUUAAUUGUACUCCGUAGGAGUACCGAAUUAAGUCGCUAUGGCAACACGGCCAAAACAAUGU